AUGAGACUCUCUCUAUCUUCGGUGGCUGCCACGUUUAUGUGCGUGGCUUCCACUUUUGCAGUGACACUCGACAUCACAUCGAAAGACUCGGUCUGUUCAGCCGCAUCUGCCAUUUUGGCCGGUGAAAUGGACUACUACAUGGGUACUAGAUAUGGAGGUACCGUCGGUAUGUUCUCCCCUCCUUACUACUGGUGGCACGCCGGUGAGGUUUUCGGAGGUUGGGUUGACUACUGGUACUUCUGCCAAAAGGACAAUGAUACAUUCACCCAACUUCUUUUCAAUGCGAUGUACGACCAGAGAGGUGCCAACAAUGACUACAUGCCUUCCAACCAGAGUAUGACCGAGGGUAAUGAUGAUCAGGGUGUUUGGGGUAUGGCCAUCAUGCAAGCUGUGGAGAGAAACUUCACCAAUGGAGAUAAGUCUUGGCUUUACAUGAUCCAAGCCGUCUUCAACACCAUGAACAACCGUUGGGACCCUAGCACGUGUCAGGGAGGCUUGAGAUGGCAGAUUUUCACCUGGAACUCGGGUUACAAUUACAAGAAUAGUAUCGCCAACGGAUGUCUUUUCCACAUCGCUGCUCGUUUGUAUAGAUACACCGAGCAACAGGUUUACUUGGAUGCUGCCAACAGAGUCUUCAACUGGAUGUGGUCCGUUGGUUUCUUUAGUAACACUCCGGAGUUCAUCAUUUAUGAUGGUGCUGAGGAUACCAACAACUGUACUUCGUUGACUAUUCACAAGUGGUCUUAUACUUAUGGUAUUUUCCUCGCUGGUUCUGCGUACUUAUACAAUGCUACAGGCGACCAGAAGUGGUUGACCUCUGUGAACACUAUUUUGAACGCCUCUAGUUUCUUCUUCAACAACUCGAUCAUGCAAGAGUCGUCUUGUCAACCAUACAAAGUGUGUAAUAAUGAUCAGCGGUCGUUCCGUUCUCUUUUCUCUCGUUGUCUUGGUUUGACUGCAACUUUGGUUCCUUCCACAUACGACCAGAUUGUCACCGGCUGGCUUCAGCCUAGUGCCAAGGGUGCUGCCGCCUCUUGUUCUGGUGACGGCCACAACACUUGUGGUCAAGAUUGGUCUUUGGGCUCUUGGGAUGGUAUGUACGGUUUAGGUGAGCAAAUGUCUGCCAUGGAGGUUAUCAUGUCGAUGCUCACUACCCAAAAGGACCCAUUGACUCCAAAGACUGGUGGUUCCACUGAAGGUGGUGAUGUCAGUGCCGGAAACACCACUAUCACUGGUAUCAAUGAAAACAAGAUCAAUGUCACUAAGGGUGACACCACUGGUGCUGCAAUUCUUACUGCUGUGGUAUUGAGUGUGGUUCUUGGAUGUGCCAUCUGGAUGUUGUUUUAA